AUGGCGAAUAUGAUGAUUAAGAAACAAUUAAGAUCAAUAAGUUUACCUUCGAGAUCACAUCCAAGCACGAGCGGGAUUGAGGAAGCUCUUAACAAGUUUAAAACGACAAACUCCAACAAGAGUUCGUCCGCUUCAAUCUUGACGGGUUUGGCGGCUUUGGAGGAGCUCUACGAUUGUACGGAUGAGUUUCUAAACACGAGUUCAACGCAACGUGUUAUGUCUACCGUUGGAUCAGAUUUCAUGGAAGAGAUGCUCGAUGGGUCUUUGAGACUAAUGGAUAUAUGCAGCGUCUCGAGGGACCUCAUGGUGGAGACUCAAGAGCAUGUUCGUGAUCUUCAAUCAUGUGUUAGAAGGAAGAAAGUAGCCGGAGGAGGAGACCAAGUAAAUGUUGCUGUUUCGGGCUAUGCCACAUUUAGAAAGAACAUGAGGAAAGCAUCUAAGAAGAUUCUUGGGUCCUCGAAGACCAUUGUUGGUGUGUCAAGUUCAUAUGAUAAUGGUCAAUGCGAUGAACAUCUUGUGGCGGUUAUAGAUGCGAUGAGACGAGUGGAUGUUGUUAGUGAUGUAGUGUUGAAGUCGUUCUUGGAGUUCUUGUCGGGACGACAAAGUAACAUAAAGAGAAAGUUGGCUUCGGUAUUAAAGAAAAAGAAGGAUCAUCAUGAAGAGACGAAGAACGAAUUGGAGAGUUUGGAUUCCGCUAUUAGGGGAGAUUUAUGCUUUUGUGAUUAUCUACAAGAGAAGCUUGAGGAGGUUGAGAUGAUCAUUGGUGGAUUUGAGAAAAAUUUAGAAGGGUUGUUACGAAGGUUGAUAAGAACACGCACCUCGCUUCUCAACAUAAUCUCUCAUUAG